UCUAUCGCCCUUUGUCCUCCAGCCUCCUCCGGGCCCUGGGCCUGCGGGCCUGGUUGCUAGGCGGAAGCGCGGCGCGGAGGCGUCCGCGACUGCAGCCGGGGCGUUUGAAAAAGCGGCUUAGCAGGCGGCAAAAGGUCCCGGGGCGGCGGGUUGCGGGGCGGCGUGUGUCGCGAGUCCCGGCCGCAUUAGGGCCUGGGGAGCGGGCCCGGCGGUGGGGACGCUCCGGGGCCUGCGGGUCGGGACUGCACCUCACCGGGGCUUUCUCCCCGCAGACCUCCCGCCGCCACCAUGGUCUCCAAGUCCGACCAGCUACUCAUCGUCGUCUCCAUCCUGGAAGGUCGCCAUUUCCCCAAACGUCCAAAGCAUAUGCUUAUAGUAGAAGCAAAGUUUGAUGGAGAACAGCUGGCUACUGAUCCCGUCGACCAUACUGACCAGCCAGAAUUUGCUACUGAGUUAGCCUGGGAAAUUGAAAGGAAAGUACUUCAUCAACACAGGUUACAGCGUACUCCUAUCAAACUCCAGUGCUUUGCGGUGGAUCCUCAGUCUUCAGCCAAGGAAACUAUAGGUUACAUUGUUCUGGACUUAAGAACUGCUCAAGAAACAAAGCAGGCCCCCAAGUGGUACCAGUUGCUGAGUAACAAAUACACCAAGUUCAAGUCUGAGAUCCAGAUAAGUAUCACUUUGGAAACAGAUACGAAGGCACAGGUGGAUAGUUUUAAAGCAAAAGGAGCCCCGCCUCGAGAUGGGAAAGUCCCUGCUGGCUUAUCUGGAGUUGACCCAAAGGACAUUGUUGCAGUACUGAAUGAGGAGGGAGGCUACCAUCAGAUCGGACCAGCAGAGUAUUGUACUGACUCUUUCAUUUUGUCAGUGACCAUAGCAUUUGCUACCCAGUUGGAACAGUUAAUUCCAUGUACCAUGAAGCUUCCAGAAAGACAGCCCGAGUUUUUCUUUUACUAUUCUUUACUGGGAAAUGAUGUUACAAAUGAGCCUUUCAAUGAUUUGAUCAACCCAAACUUUGAGCCAGAGAGAGCAUCUGUUCGCAUACGCAGCAGUGUAGAAAUUCUUCGUGUUUACCUGGCUCUUCAUUCCAAACUACAGAUUCAUCUGUGCUGUGGAGAUCAAUCCCUUGGAAGUACAGAAGUACCUUUAAAUGGAUUACUGAAGAAGGGCAGUAUGGAAAUUAACAUGCACCCAGUCACAGUUGAGGGUGCUUUUACCCUUGACCCGCCAAACAGAGCCAAACAGAAGCUCGCACCUGUUCCUCUGGAGUUGGCCCCAACUGUGGGAGUAUCUGUGGCUCUACAGAGAGAAGGCAUCGAUUCCCAGUCUUUAAUUGAAUUAAAAACCCAUAAUGGACAUGAGCCAGAACAUUCAAAGAAGAGAGUUUUAACCCCCGUAAAGGAGAAGGCACUCAAUGGGCCCAAAUCACCAAGCGUGUCCCCUGUCCCAGCUCACAACCAGACACCUCCAACCAGAGACGAAGCAACAGAAAGUGAAGCAGAAAGCCUGCAGUAUGAUAAGGAUCUCAAACAAAGCCUGAAGGGCGUCACGUCUUCAGUACCUACUUCACUGGCCCAGCCUGUGGCUCCCUCCAGUGCUUCGGAAGCCACCUCGGCACAGAAGAUUGCUGUUCCAGCCACAGCACAUCACUUUUGCUUUUCAAUAGACUUAAGGAGUAUCCAUGGCUUGGAAGUUAGUUUUCCAGUCAAUUGCAUAUUGAGGUACUCAUAUCCAUUCUUUGGAAGUGCAGCUCCCAUUAUGACUAACCCUCCUGUAGAACUUCGGAGAAACAUGGAAGUUUUUCUUCCGCAGUCUUAUUGUGCAUUUGAUUUUGCAACUAUGCCUCACCAACUGCAAGACACCUUCUUACGGAUUCCAUUGCUGGUUGAAUUAUGGCACAAGGAUAAAAUGAGUAAAGACUUACUCCUGGGAAUUGCAAGAAUCCAGCUUUCUAACAUCUUGUCUUCAGAAAAAACUCGGUUUUUAGGGUCUAAUGGUGAACACUGCUGGCGUCAGACUUACAGUGAAAGUGUGCCUGUUAUCGCAGUGCAAGGGUCAAAUAACAGGAUAGUUGAUCUUUCUUACACAGUGACUCUAGAGGACUACGGACUAGUGAAAAUGCGUGAGAUUUUUGUCUCAGAGUCAUCUCAGGGUUUGUCUGCUGUACAGCAAAAGCCGCCUUCUCUUCCUCCAGCACCUUGUCCUUCCGAGACCCAGCCAGAGCCUCGUGAAACCUUGGAGUACAAAGCAGCACUUGAGCUAGAAAUGUGGAAAGAGAUGCAAGAAGACAUAUUUGAAAAUCAGCUCAAGCAGAAAGAAUUGGCUCAUAUGCAAGCUCUGGCGGAGGAAUGGAAAACAAGGGACCGAGAACGGGAGUCACUAGUAAAGAAAAAGGUGGCUGAAUAUAGUAUUCUAGAAGGAAAACUUCAAAAAGCCCUUACUGAGCUGGAGAAUCGAGAGAAGCAGCUUGCCAGCGCAGAAUCUGAGCUUCAAAGAGAGAAAAAGGAACUACAGUUGGAACGUGAAAGGAACCUGCAAGAACUUCAGGAUUCUAUCCGGAGGGCCAAAGAAGACUGUGUUCACCAGGUAGAGCUGGAAAGGCUGAAGAUGAAGCAGCUGGAAGAGGACAAGCACCGGCUUCAGCAGCAGCUUAAAGAUGCUGAAAAUAAGUAUAAGAUUUUGGAAAAAGAGUUUCAGCAGUUCAAGGAUCAACAAAGCAACAAACCAGAAAUACGUCUACAGUCUGAAAUAAAUCUUCUCACCUUGGAAAAGGUUGAACUUGAAAGAAAGUUGGAAUCUGCAACUAAGUCUAAACUACAUUACAAGCAGCAGUGGGGACGAGCUUUGAAAGAACUUGCCCGACUUAAGCAGAAGGAACAAGAGAGUCAAAUGGCUCGCCUUAAAAAGCAGCAGGAGGAAUUGGAACAGAUGAGACUGCGCUUCCUAGCUGCUGAGGAAAAAGAUAUGGUAAAAACUGAGCAGCAAGAAUUGUUGGACAUAAGAAAUGAAUUGAACAGAUUAAGGCAACAAGAACAAAAACAGCCCCAGGAUUCCAGAGACUCUGUGAGUGGAAAGCUGUGCGGCCCACAUAGCUCUACAAGGGAAGAAGGCUUGGAUGAUUGCUUGACUCGCCUACUAGAAGAAAGGGAUACUUUGAUGAGAACGGGAGGAAUGGCUGCAGUAAUUGUCAGUGACAUAAUGAGCCAAAAGAGUAUGUUGCACUUUAUGAUGCUGUGUUCCUGUUCCCUUUGAUUGUAGAUUCCUUAAAGUUGGAGCAAUUACGAAUGUAGACAUUUUUUAAAUCAUUUUAUAUGACCAGUCUUUUCCCCUUAACUUGUGAUAUUUUCAGAUGACAAAUUUGAAAAUAAAGCUGUCUCAGUGCAGAGAAAGCUAUGUGACGUAUUGGGUGACAAGUUAGUCAUUUGUUUAAAUACAGUUCACACAAAUUAAAUGUAAGAAUGAAUGAAUUACAAAUUUUCGUUGUCCUCAGCUUCUAAGAGCAUGAAGUGAUAGCUUGAUUCGGUCUUCUAGGACGGUCUCCUCAAGAUUGCAUGGUUUUCUUCUGUUAAAGAGAAAUUUCCAUUAUUUCUUAGUGAUGGAAAUACUAAGCUAUUACAGCCCCAGAAAUGGAAUGUGGAAAGAGACAUCUAAAGGCUUUCGCUACAAAAGCAAAGCUGAACUGGUUUCUACUCCCUCCACAUGCAGUCAGUCUUUUUCAAAAGAACUUGAGAUUAGGUCAUGGGGUUUAUGCAGGGCCAUAUCUGUAUAAACUUCAAAAGUUCCUUCAUACCGUAUUCUUCAGAACCAACUUGAGUCUCAUAGUCCCACUGCCCCUACAUGGCACUGAAAAGGUUUAUUAGCAAAUUUACAGAUUAGGUUGAGUCCUAAAAUACAUAAAGUUUAAAAAGUUUGAUUCCCAGCUAUAAUAAAGUUACAUGUAUAUUUUAGGAACGUACCAAUAACCAGUGGCUUCAAUAAAAGCAAAGUAAGUUAUAUGGCAAUGCUCAUUUUCUGUUAUUUUCAACAAAGUGUAUUUCCUGUUUGUGAAAUCAGAAUCCCUAUAUGCAUCAUAUGCUUGUUUUUCUUUAACAAAGUAUUAAUCUCCUAUGAGCAAUCCAACAGUAAUAUCAGAAGGAUGACCGGAUGGUAGUGAAUCAUAAUCAUAGCAUGAAUUUGAAAUAUUAAUUAUGGUUCGAUAUUUUCUGAUUUUGUGCCACAUAAAUGAAGUGAAAGUAUUCUUUUUGUUUUGGAAGAUCUUGGUAAAUAAAUGCCGACUGUUCCCUUCAUUUGCAUCAUGUGAGGCCUGUUAUUUUUUAAACACUAGAGGGGGCCUUAGACUUAAACAGAAAGGACUGUUCUAAAUGUAUGUGUGCUUUGCCUUCUAGAAAGCCAUCUUUUGGCUACUGUAAUUUGACAAAUAAAAUCAUACUUA